GACGGGGAAGAAGUCCGCAGCCAGCGGGAUGGUUGGCAGACCUUGGCAAUGAACCCCGCCUUGCACGUGGAAGAGAUGUUCACAGCUGCGGAUGCCCUGAUGUCUUUGAUCCCGCUGGUGCGUCGUGCAGGUCUGGAAGAACUGCAUGACUGGCUGGAAACUGCACUGCUGGUGAUGUCGGCUGCGCGCCG